AAGACAUGUGACACUUAACAGGAAGUAAAUAAACGGCGUUCCCGCGCAGUUGAAUAUAUUCAAUAAACUGUCUCACUUUCACGGAUUAUCAGACAAAAUGGACGAGCUUUACUUGGAUAAUAUUGAUGAAUACGUGAACGACCACGACAAAAUAGUCACUUACAAAUGGCUGAGUCUAACACUUGGAGUCCAUGUCAACACUGCGAAACAGAUGCUCUUCCACUACCUGGAUCACAAGAGGAAGGAAAGUUCGGGUCAGCUUCAUGCCACUUACCUUGUGUCGGGGAAGAUGGUGGACAAUGGCCAAACAAGCCACAAGGUGUCUGUUGUCAGAGAAGAACAACUGGAGGAUUUCAAAGCUAAGAUGAGUUUGAUCGUUAGCGUCCAUGUCUACAGUGUCCAGAAAGCUUUGCUGAAAGACAGCAGUCCUCUCUACAGUGUUGACUAUGAUGCUGUGAGAGACAAUCUUAAAAACUGCAGCAGAUACAGUGCGAUCCGCUGCACCAGUGCGGUGCCACUGUCGCCUGUGGAGCUGCAGCAGACGAGACAAACACCACGGGCUCCCACACCAGAGCCUGCAGUGAAAAAAUCCAGCAUGAACGGGGAAGCUCCUCUCACUUCCAAACCACCCGCCAAGCAGCAAAAAGGCAUCAUGGGAAUGUUUGCGAAUAAAACUGCUUCUAAGAACCAGGACAGCAGCAGAGAGGUCAAGUCAAAACAGAAAGAAGAAGCAGAUGCACCUGUGGUUGAUGUCCCCAAAAGCAAACCAGCUGUAAAAGCCAGUCCAAUGACAAACUUCUUUGGGACUCAAAAAGCAAAAAAACCUGACAAAAGUGUUAAAGAGGAAGAAACGGCAGCAGCAGCAGCUCAGUCAUCGAGCACAGCAACACAACAACGUCCCAGUUCACCGCCUGAAGAGAAACAAGAAGCUGCUGCAGGGCAAUCGACAAAAAACACCAAGAAAGAUUCCAGGAGCAAAACCAAGCGAAUUGAAGAUUCUGACAGCGAGGAGGAAAAAAUGGAGAAGAAAAAGAGGCGAAGGAUUAAGAAACCAGAACCAGACAGCAGCGAUGAAGAUGUCAUUCCAGAUUCUCCACAGCAGAUGGAAAUAAAAGAGUCAUUACCUCAACCUAAGAAAGAGAUCGAACCUGUUUCACAUUCACAUCCGAGUCUCCCUGUGAUGAAGACGAGGAAAAGGAGACGAGUCCUGAAAUCUCGGACCUUUUUGGACGACGAAGGCUGCAUUGUGACAGAGAAAGGCUACGAGAGCGAGUCAUACUCCGAGGCAGAAGAAGAUGUUCCGGUCAAACAAGCGCCGAAGAAUCCCUUCCCCGCUAAAUUAACAGCGAGUAAAAAAGAGGACGAGAAGAAAGGUCAGAAGAAAACAGCAAGUGCAAAUAAAGGGACUAAACAAGCGUCCAUUAUGGGAUUUUUCCAGAAGAAAUGAGAGAACACGACUGAGACGACCAACUUCUUAACUGACUCUAAAAUGAAACAAACACUUCAUGAUGGCAAACAUUUUAAUUUCCCAAGCACUCGAAAAUAUGGACACUCAAUAAACAUUAUUGAAAACUGUA